CGCAAACCUUCAACUUUCUUUGUCUGGCUAGAGCCGCCACAGGUGCGAGGCGCGACCCCUGUUCGCUGACAUAAUCGUUAAGCUCCACCUAGAAACCUCAGGCAGGUGGCCCGCACCCUUUGUUUACUUUGACCUUUUUGGUUGCCACGGAUGAAUUGAAGGAUACUUUGAUGGAUUGGAUUUGGCAGCAGCUUUCAUUCACUCAAGCUGUCCCAGCGUCAACCCAACUUGUGUCCAUCUGGCGAACCUUAUACCGUAAUUAUUCGGGCUACACAAUAGCUAUCAUCGAUUAUGGAUCGUCGAACUUACGAAGGUCCCAUGGACUGGGAGUACCAGAACAGUGGCCCUUUGGAUCCCACAAGCCCUUUUGCACAUGCAGCAAAGAGUAACUCGCAGAACAUCUUUGCCUCCCCUUCGAAAUCGAAGAAUCCUUUCGCAAAUUUAGGGACACCUUCAAAAACGAAACCGCCGCAAUCCUCUUUCACUCCUCAAUUAUCUUCGAGAGCUGCCGCGCCACCUUUCCGCAACCCUGCCUUUACAACACCCCGACGACCCUUUGAUGAGCUUGCGCUGUCUGAAGCUUCAGGUGCAGAGGACAGCCCUGCGCAGACAGAAGUUUCCGACUUCCCGAAUGAUACUCCUGAGGCGGACCGUAUGAGCGAUAUCAACAUGAGUGGCAUGACGAGUCCUUCCAAGAUCGACAAGUCCUUUCGUUACAGCAAGGCUCCUUUCUCAAGCAAAAAGCAUACACCAGGUCGAGGCGAAAUCCGGGCGACUCGAGACCUCUCCGUAUCAGAAUUUAUGCGCAAGCGAAAGAGACAUAAUCUCGAUAGGGACGUCAGCAGCAUGAUUCGGCACCACUGGACAGAGUCAGACUCCGACUCGGAAGAUAGCGUUGCACCGAGACGAACCCGUGGCAAGAAGAAGGCAACAAAGGAAGCGCCGAGAGGUUUCUUGGGAUCUCUAUUCCACAUGUUGGAUGAACACCCCAAUGCCCCUGACAAUCUUUAUAGAUGGGUCAAGUUGAUUGUGAACUUCUUCCUUGUAUCAGUCUUUGUUUACAUUGGCUGGUCCAUUGUGACCACAGUGAAAACGGAUAUCGAAAAUGCAAACGAGAUGGCACGAAUUGAGAUCAUGGGAAGAAUUACGGAAUGCCAAACUCAGUACAGUAUCAACGGAUGCGCUAAGAACGACCGUCCCGCGCUCAGAGUGGCAUGCGAGGAGUGGUCUGAAUGCAUGACACAGAACCCUGAAGCCAUCAUGAGGGUCAAGGUGACCGCGAAGCAAAUCGCCGAAAUCAUCAACGAGUUUUCCGAAGCCAUGAACCUCAAGGCUUGGGGAUUCUUCUUCGCUGUUCUUAUCUUCUGCGCGUUCGCGAACAACUUUUUCUUGGGUGGAUAUGUCAGCAAGCCAGCACCUCCCGUUCAGUCACAACCCGCAGCUCCACCUCAGGAUCCGUCCAUGGUCCCAGAGAACGGUCCCGGAUUCAUGUGGGUUCCUGUGCAAACACCAAGGAUGCAGCGUCACAUGUUGCUCGACGAUGGUACCGAUACGGACAGUACACCGCCGCCAAAAAUGAAGACGAUUCUUGCACCUCCUUACACUCCUUCACUUCGUCGGAGCCCAAGCAAGACGGAUCGAGGCCGUAGCCCUGUUAAAAACCGAAGCCCUAGCAAAGGGCGUCGCGAGCCGUUUGCAUAAACUCUGACGAAGAGUAAAGGCAUGGAUUAUUUCCUUUGUCAUUGAAUAGCAUGGCUGUAUAAUAGUGAUGCAUAGGAACUGGGCGCAUGUAUACGGGGCGCGGUUCGGUGGUGUUUGGAAACUCAGGUCAUAGCAUGGAUGGUGGUAUCAUGGACGGAUGGAUGGAUAUUGGGGUAAUAUUGUCAAUCAACUAUAUACAGCAGUGAACUCUGCAUCUUUUGUUAUUGAAGAGUUCUCUCAACCCCCCUUAUCGCUGUUAGAAUGACAUGCAUGGUAUUCAUCAGUCACAGAGGCCGAAAUUAUAGGCCAUGUUAACAGUGCAGCUCAGGUCAAGGUUAUGAUCCAAGCUGAAUUAUUUGAACGUUGAGGCUGUCAGAGGCUGAUGACGUACUGUGGGGUAAGGUUGAGAGGGGCACUACGACGGAUGGCCCUGGCAUGAAAGUUAAUUCUCAGGUGAAGAUGAGGAAGCCAACUGGAAUGAACACCAAUAAUCC